GUAUUUCAAUGGAUCAACGAAUUGGCUCAUCCGGAGAGCCGCGAAACCGCUUUGCUUGAAUUGAGUAAGAAACGUGAAACAGUGACAGAUCUCGCGCCCAUGCUAUGGCAUAGCUUUGGCACCACCGCCGCCCUACUCCAGGAGAUAAUUAACAUUUAUCCAUCGAUUAAUCCUGCCACACUCACUGCGCAUCAAUCAAAUCGUGUCUGCAGCGCGUUAUCGCUGCUGCAAUGUGUUGCGUCGCAUCCGGAUACGCGUACAGUGUUCCUGCAGGCACAAAUACCAUUGUUCCUGUAUCCAUUUUUACAAACCACAUCCAAAACACGGCCAUUCGAAUACCUUAGGCUAACCAGUCUAGGUGUUAUUGGCGCACUAGUUAAGGCUGAUGAACAAGAAGUGAUAACUUUCCUUUUAGCAACUGAAAUCAUUCCACUGUGUCUGCGAAUAAUGGAAACUGGCUCAGAAUUGAGCAAAACAGUAGCAACAUUUAUUCUGCAAAAAAUAUUGUUGGACGAGAGUGGUCUCUCGUAUAUUUGUCAAACGUAUGAACGGUUUUCGCAUGUUGCUAUUAUUUUGGGCAAAAUGGUAAUACAACUUGCCAAGGAGCCCUCUGCACGCCUGCUGAAGCAUGUCGUACGUUGUUAUUUACGUCUUUCCGACAAUCCCAGAGCACGUGAGGCUUUGCGACAAUGUCUUCCAGACCAGCUGCGUGAUGCGACAUUCUCUGUAUGUCUACAGGAUGACAAAUCCACAAAACACUGGCUGCAUUUGCUCAUUAAAAACUUGGAGCUGGGUGCUGUUGCACCAACAGAUCCACGUCAAAUCGGUAUGUCACCAUUGACGUCAUAAACAGACGCAGCAACAGCAAAAACGCGCCGUCUAUAGUACAUAUACAUAUUAAGUGCAGCUAAAAGUGCUGUUGUUGUAUGAUAAGAAUUAUACGCGCAGUGCAGUCCAAACAAAAACCCAGCCAAGUAUACAACAGAGUCUACAGACAGACACUCAAACCCCAACUAACUAGUUUAAAUUAGAAGCAGAAAAAAUACGCAAAUACAAAUAAAAAUCACUUUUUACUUAAAAUUGUAAUAAUCAAUUGAAUGAAUGCAAAUCAAAGCAAAUCAAAUACACACAAUUUCACAAGGGAAUACUUAAAUACUUAAACCAACAAAAACAAACAUAUAUUACAUUUACAAAAACAAUUUAAAGUCGUGAUAGAAAUUGCAACAAUAUGAAUGCAUUAUUAUAUAAAUACAUAAAUAAGAAUUAUGGUAAUAAGGAUAAAAUAUAUAUAACAAAGGAGACUGUUUAUAUGAUAAAACAACAAAUAAGAAAAAUCACAAAAACAAAAAUAUGAAAAAAAGGGUUAGAGUAAAUCCCAAAAAAAGAGCAAAACUAAGUAAAUUACUGAUGAAAAAUUUAAGAGAAUUUAUGUAGAAAAACAUUGAAUAUUAAUUAAAUUAUGUAAUAAAUAAGAAAUGGCGGUACCUAAAUUAAAUUGGAAAUAAUAAAUACUUAGUACAUUAAUAUUACAUAUGCGUUACAUGGAAUUUUGCUGUAGGAAAAAGCUGAUUUUAGUGCUUACUGCUCUAACUGGAUAAAAGGCGCACAUUAUCGUAUUAGAUAAGCAAAUCGAAUGUAUUGAUUUUCCAUAACAAGUACUUUAAACUUAAAUUGGCUGUUUAGCUUUUCUCAGAGGUAUAUAAUACACACACAGACAUACGUACAUAUAAUUACAAUAUAAUGAACGAAUAUUAAGAAUAAAUAGUAUUUUUUGGACAACCUUAGCGGAUACAGUUGAACAGUGAGAAGGGCAGAGGAAGAGUAUUUUAAUUUAAUUAUGUGAAAUGAUAUUUUUUUGUGUCAAUUGAAUUAGUUUAUGCUUGAGUCUAGUUAAAGAAUAAAAUGAAAUAAAAUAAUUUUUUAAAUUACUUACAUAUGUAUUUAGGCAACACCUGUGAGACGUAACAAUAAUAAAUUGAUUUAACAGUUUAACAACAUGUAAAUAUUUUACGAAAUAAAAUAAGUUAGCAGAGUUAAUAACAAAAUUUAACCUCAUCAGAAAAAAUUAUCAACUUUAAUGAAAAAUACAUACUUAGCACAUACAUACUUUCGAAUGAGAACUUUAAUAGCGUUUGCCAACAAAGCACAAGUAAACCAUACUUAAAAAACAUAGAAAAUUGCUUUGUAUGUAUAUCAGGAACAGUCAGCCAUUCACUAAAUAGAAAACUGCUAGUGAAUUUAGCAAAACUUUCAUGCUCGCCUAUAUAUAUUUGUAUAUUUUUUAGUUUACAAUCGGGUUAAUGAACACCAUCAACGUCAUAUAAUUGAAAUACAAUUAUUUUUACUUAACGUAAGCUAAUCUUAGCCCUAUCGCAGCCUAAUACUAAGCGCAUAUUUACAGCAGAUACAACAAGCCCACAUCCAUACAACGAAUACUUACUUUUGUACAUAUAUAUUACAUUGUUCUUGAUCAUACAUUUGUAUGUGUUUUCGUAACAAUCUUACGCCACUUAAAUGCACAGCCAUCGUAGGGUCUAUUGAUUAUGAAUUGCCGAUAUAAAAGGUAUAUAUAUAUUUUUUUUAUUAAAAGCUUAGCAUUAAGCAACUCAUAUAAUUCUGUUUUAAUCGAAUCAACCAAUCGAUCUUAGCUGCUGUUUGUAUGAAGAAAAUUAGCUGGUUUGAAUUAAAAGCAUUAAGUAAAUUAUCAAAAUUGUAAAAAAUGAGUUUAGUUAUACACCCCUACUGCGAGUGUCGACUAGUAUUAGAUAAACGACUAUUAGUCGAUUAUCUCUUUUCCAUGGUAUUGUGAAUGUCGAUUUCACGUUCAACAAGCGACUGUGAAUAGUUUUUAGUCGCUCAUACUUUUGUAACGGUUUGUCACUUAUUGAACGAGGAAACGACAUUGAAAAUUCCAUGAAUAAUCGAUAAUCGACUAAUAGUCGCUUAUCUACUACUAGUCGACACUCGUAAAAGGGGUGAUAGUUUUAAAUGUUUACCAAAAAUAAAACUUAGCCAUAAAUGCAAAUGGAAAUAAGUUAGAAAUCACUUUUUUAUUUUUAAAUGUCCCUAUUUGGCUGCAUAUAAAAACAAGAAUCAGUGAAAAUACCUAUAAAUUAAACGGAAAUGAUACUAAUUUCAAACUUGCUUCGUAAACACGCAGCCUAUUUCGCCACCGUAUGUGGCCAACCUUGACUUUUGGCGAUAUAAGAGCUUAAAAUGCUUUAUUUAAAAAAAAAAA